AAUUGCUAAGAAAUAAAAUAAGAAACAUAAGUUCUCUUUUCUACUGUGACAUCGUCUUAGGAAAGCUUUAGUGGGGGGGAGGGGCCAAAAACAAGAUUUCCCCUGACCAACCAAUCAGUGCCCUUGCUAGGUGAUUGUGACAUAGGAAGAGUAACCUCCAAUCAAAGAGAAGCCCCAAGUCUGAUUGUUAGUUGGCAGUAUAAAUGUGAGGGCUCCUCCCACUCCUGGACCUUUCUCCUCUCCACUCUGUCAAGGAGAACAACAUCUACGAUGGCCAGAUCCACCAACAAAAAGACUAAGAGAUCCCGAGGACAUCGGAACCCAAGCUCCAGAAAGAAAUCCCGUCCCUGCACUGAUUUCAACCGAAAUUACUCACUCUACAUCCGGAGGGUCCUGAAAGAAGUGGAUCCCCAGAGGAGCAUAUCAACUGGCACCUUGAACAUCAUGAACUCCGUGAUCAACAGCAUCUUUGAGCGCAUUUCUACGCAAGCCUACAAUCUGAUGAGCUACAGAAACCGUUGUACUCUCACCCAUGGAGAUAUCCAGAAGGCAAUGUAUAUGCUGUUUCCUGGGAAACGAGCUAAGUACGCAGUGACUUUUGGAAGUGAAGCUGUCCAAAGAUAUGUCCACUCCAAAAACCAUUUUCCAGCUUAA